CAAUGACAUUUCUUUUCAUUUGUCUUCUUGUAUCUCUUCCUCUCAUAUUUCUCAUAUACUUUCUUCCCAAAUUCAUCAAAAACGAAUCAUCAAAUUGCAAUCCACCAGGCCCUCGUGCACUACCAAUAAUCGGAAACUUGCACCAAAUCGAUCAGUUAAACUUGCAUACUUCCCUAUGGAACCUCUCCAAAUCCUACGGUCCAAUUGUAUCACUCCGCUUUGGUUCCAUUCCAGCUAUCGUUGUUUCUUCAGCAAGUCUUGCGAAAGAAGUCAUGAAAACCCAAGAUUUAAUCUUUUGUGAUAGACCUUCCUUGAUUGGGCAACAAAAGGUGUCUUACAACGGCAUGGAACUCAUUUUUUCACCCUACAACGACUUUUGGAAAGGGAUGAGAAAGAUAUUUAUGAUUCAUUUGUUAGGCCCCAAAAGGGUUCAAUCAUUUAGGUCCAUUCGUGAAGACGAAGUCUCUAAUAGCAUGAAAAAGAUACACGAGCUAGCGCUUUUAUCUAAGCAAGUAAACUUGAGUGAAAUCAUGAAGAGUGUGACUAGUACUAUAAUGAUGAGAGUCGGGUUUGGCAAAAGGUACCAAGUUGGACAUGAAAGAAAGGAGAUUCUUCAACUGCUUCUCGAAGUUCAAGCAAUGAUGGCGGAUUUCUUUGUCGCCGAUCUUUGGCCUAGUUUACCUUUUGCAGGAUUAAUCGAUAGGUUAUUGGGCAAAACAGAUCGGCUAGAGAAAUGCUUCCAAUAUUUCGAUGUGCUUUACCAGGAACUCAUAGAUGAACAUCUUAACAGUCAAAUCGCCAAGUCGCAUGACGAAGAAGACUUCAUUGAUAUUUUACUACGGCUUAAAAAAGAUCAACUAUUCGACCUCACUUACGAUCAUAUAAAAGGCAUGAUCAUGGAUGUAUUGGUAGCAGGAACAGAUACUAGCGCAGCUACGGUGGUUUGGGCGAUGACAGCGCUAAUGAAGCAUCCUAAAGUAAUGAAGAAAGCACAAGAAGAAGUGAGAAAUGUGGUUGCAAAGAAAGGUAAAGUAGACGAGGAUGAUAUUUCGAAACUCACUUAUAUGAAAGCAGUGAUAAAAGAAAUCAUGAGAUUAUACCCUACCGUUCCUCUUCUAGUAAAUCGAGAAACAACUAAAGAAACCACGUUACAUGGCUUCAAAAUCAAGCCAAAAACUUUAGUGUUUGUUAAUGCAUUGGCCAUUGGAAGGGACCCUGAAUCUUGGGAAAACCCGGAGGAGUUCUUGCCAGAGAGGUUUUUGGGUAGUGAUAUUGACUUUAAAGGGAAUGAUUUUGAGUUGAUUCCUUUUGGAGCGGGCCGAAGAAUUUGUCCAGGAAUCUCAAUGGGAGUCGUCACGGUGGAACUUUUACUAGGUAAUCUUCUUUACUUGUUUGAUUGGGGGUUGCCGGAUGGAAUGGAGAAGGAAGAUUUGGACUUUCAAGUUAAUCCUGGGAUAACCAUGCACAAGAAGAAUGAGCUCUGCCUUCUAGCUCAUGUGUACAUGUAAAAGACUACUAUCCAAAUAACCACUUGUUGAUAUAUAAUUCUAGGAAAAACAACAUAUUGGAUAUUUUGUAAUACUUGUUAUAAUAAAUCAAAUGUCGAUGAAUCAUUAAUUCCA